AUGAGUCAAAUAAGGAUUAUAUAUACGAGGCUGCGAUUUGGAUUACCGAAGACUUCUCGUUCUGGUUCUCCACGACUUUUAUCAACAUUCGCAAGUCCUCAUCUCGCUGGCGAAGAGCCCGACUUUUACGGAGUAGGUGGUUUCCAUCGUGUUGCGCUUGGAGACACCUUUGAUGAUGGCAGAUACCGUAUCCUAAGGAAGCUCGGCUAUGGGCAGUAUUCCACAGUGUGGCUUGCUAGAGAUUCCAAGCAUCAGAGAUAUGUGGCCCUUAAAAUACCGAGAGCCGAUUGUUACGGUGGUCCUGAGCGAGUUCUCCUCUCGAAGAUCACCGAAACCUGCGCAAGAAGCAAACACGAGGGUCGACAUUUCAUCUUGCCCGUCCUGCAUCAAUUCAAACAUGCAGGCCCAAAUGGGGUGCAUGUUUGCUUCGUUUUUGAUGUUCUUGGACAUCAUCUGUAUUUCCAAUGCUCAAAGUAUGAGGACGGACGACUUCCUGUGCGAUCCGUAAAACUAAUCGCACGUCAGCUUCUCCUUGGGCUUGACUUCCUUCACACAGAGUGUGGUGUUGUCCAUACCGACAUACACCCGAAGAAUAUCCUUUUAGGACUGGAAAACCCACACGAAGCAAUUUCACGGCAUCUAUCGGAGGUCUCUCCACGGACAGAUACUCGGUCUGGUGAAGUAUUACCGCUUCGGGAAGUCAUGAAAAUUCCGCCAAUUUCUGAAAUCAAGGAACCUCACAUUAGGAUAAUUGACUUUGGCGUAGACACGAACAUCACUCACAUAAAAUUCAACCACCAGCCUUACGAGCACCGGAAGUGA